ACCAUGGCCAUGACCCUGGGUUACUGGGACAUCCGUGGGCUAGCUCAUGCCAUCCGCCUGCUCCUGGAAUACACAGACUCAAACUAUGAGGAAAAGAAGUACACGGUGGGGGACGCUCCUGACAAUGUCAGCAGCCAUUGGCUGAAUGAGAAAUUCAAGCUGGGCCUGGACUUUCCCAACCUGCCCUACUUAAUUGAUGGGGCUCACAAGAUCACCCAGAGCAAUGCCAUCCUACGCUACAUUGCCUACAAGCACAACAUGUGUGGGGAGACAGAAGUGGAGAAGAUCCGCAUAGACAUCUUAGAGAACCAGGUUAUGGACACCCGCGUGAAUUUUGUCAUGCUGUGCUACAACCCUGAUUUUGAGAAGCUGAAGCCACAGUACUUGGAGGAGCUCCCUGACAAGAUUAGGCUCUUCUCACAGUUCCUGGGGCAGUGGCCAUGGUUUGCAGGGGACAAGAUCACCUUUGUGGAUUUCCUUGCUUAUGAUGUCCUGGACUUGAACCGUAUCUUUGAGCCUAAGUGCUUGGACGCAUUUCCAAACCUAAAGGACUUCAUGGCCCGCUUUGAGGGCCUGAAGAGGAUCUCUGCUUACAUGAAGUCCAGCCACUUCCUCCCAAGACCUAUCUAUACGAAGCAAGCCAUGUGGGGCAAUAAGUAGUGUCUUUAA